CAUUACUUCAAUCAAUAUUUAGCGAAGUGCUGUUCUUCAAGGCAGCCUUUGGAAGAUACAAAAAUGGCCAAUUCUGUCAACUUUCUUCUGCUUGUUUCUCUAUUAGCCUUUGCUCCCUUUUGCCUCUGCAGCCAAAAAGUAGGGGGUUACCUCUACCCUCAGUUUUAUGACUAUUCAUGUCCAAGAGCUCAAGAGAUUGUCAAAUCAGUCGUUGCUAAAGCUGUUCAAAAGGAUCCUCGUAUGGCUGCUUCACUUCUGAGGCUCCAUUUCCAUGAUUGUUUUGUCAAGGGCUGUGAUGCAUCAGUGUUGCUAGAUAGCAGUGGAACUAUCAUCAGUGAGAAGAGAUCAAAUCCCAACCGUAAUUCAGCCAGAGGAUUCGAAGUUAUCGAUGAAAUCAAAUCAGCACUAGAGAAAGAAUGCCCUCACACGGUAUCUUGUGCUGAUAUUUUGGCUUUAGCUGCCAGAGAUUCAACUGUUCUCACUGGUGGACCAAGCUGGAAGGUACCUUUGGGGAGAAGGGACUCUAUUGGUGCAAGCUUGAGUGGCUCCAACAACAACAUUCCUGCUCCAAACAACACAUUUCAGACCAUCCUAACCAAAUUCAAGCUUCAGGGUCUUGACAUAGUUGACCUAGUUGCUCUGUCGGGGAGCCACACAAUUGGAAACUCCAGGUGCACCAGCUUCAGGCAGAGACUAUACAACCAAACUGGGAAUGGAAAGGCAGACUUCACACUUAACCAGUACUAUGCUGCUCAAUUGCGGAGCAGGUGCCCAAGAUCUGGUGGUGACCAGAUUUUGUUUUUCUUGGACUUCGUAAGUCCAAUAAAAUUUGACAACAGCUACUUCAAGCUCUUGUUGGCUUACAAGGGUCUGUUAAAUUCCGAUGAAGUACUCUUCACAGAGAAUCAAGUAUCCGCACAGUUAGUGAAGAAAUAUGCCGAAAAUAAUGAUAUUUUCUUCGAGCAAUUCGCUAAGUCCAUGGUCAAGAUGGGAAACAUUUCUCCUUUGACAGGUUCAAGAGGAGAGGUAAGGAAGAUCUGCAGGAGGGUUAACAAAUAUUAAGUUAUGUCAUUACUGUGCCAGAAGUUUUUUCAUUAUGUCCAUUGGUUUCCGAUAGCAAAUAAGUUGUUUUUCUCAAGAGUUGACGAAGCCAUUUCCUGUGUGUCUGUGUGUAUGGCAAUGAAUUUUAUGUACUAAUUAAUUUCGCAUGAAUUCAUUCAUAAACAAAUUUGUGCUUUUCCA